GCCCGCGCCCCGCGCCCCGAUCAUGGCGUCGCGCCGCUGCCGCCGCCUGCCCCUCCUGCUGCCGCUGCCGCUGCUGCUGCUGCUCGGCGCCUCCGGUUUUUUCCAGUCCUAUGCAGUGGAAGUAGAUGUAAAGGAUGCCUCUAAUGCCACAUGCCUGUAUGCAAAAUGGAUGAUGAAAUUCCUGAUAAAAUAUGAAACAAACAGUAGUGAUUAUAAAAACACAACCUUAGAUUUGUCACCCGGUGUGACACACAAUGGAAGCGUCUGUGGCAAUGACACACAAGCUGCUCUUCUGGCCGUGCAGUUCGGAGAAGGUCACUCCUGGAGCGUUAACUUUACAAAGACCAAUGAAACUUACCAGGGGGACUUUGUCACGUUUACCUACAACACCAACGAUACUGCUGUGUUUCCUGAUGCUAAGAGAAAAGGACCAAUUACUGUUGUUGUGAGGGAUACCAUGAUCCCAGUUCAACUGAAUAAUGUCUUCGUGUGCCAUAGCACUGACUCUCUUGAAGCAGAAAACGUAACACAGAUUUUCUGGAAUGUUACUGUGCAGGCUUUUGUUCAGAAUGGCACAAUUGGUAAAAAAGAAACUAGAUGUCAAGCCGAUACACCUACUCCUGAACCCACCAUUUCACCCACUACUGCCAAUAUGACUACUGCCUCUACCACCACUGCAUCACCUGCUCCAACCACUCCUCCCAAACCUGUGGAGAAUCCAGUCACAGGAAACUACUCCCUUAAAAGAGGAAAUACAACAUGUCUUCUGGCUACUUUUGGGCUGCAGCUGAAUGUUUCCCAAGACAAGCCUCAUCUGAUCAACAUCGAUCCAAAGACAACUAGUGCAGAUGGUGCCUGUGGUAACACAACAGCUACUCUGAAGUUAAAUGAUGGAAAUAGCACACUGGUUGCUUUCACAUUUGUUGUUAAAAAUGAAAGUGCAACUAUACAAAAAUUUUAUCUGAAAGAGGUGAACGUUACACUGCUCAACCACCUGAAUGGUUCUGUCAUUUCAAGUGCAGAUAACAACAAUUUCAGCCAGUGGGAUACUUUCCUUGGUAGCUCUUACAUGUGCCGAAAAGAGCAAACUCUUGAGAUUAAUGAAGAUCUUCAAAUACAUACUUUUAAUCUAUGGAUUCAGCCAUUCCUUGUGAAGGCAGAUAAGUUCUCUACAGGUUCAUGUUGACAGGAUGAAAAAAGCCUCUUGCUCUUUCAGUCUCUUUGGUCCAUCUUGGUAAAAGCCUUUUGCAGCUCCUAAACCCUGGUUUCCAACUGUGGGACAGCUCUUGAGCUACCAGGUCUGCAGAGACCUACUGACAUCUCACACAGCUUCUGUCCUCUGCAGCAAGUGUUCACUCAAGCUACUUAAAUAUUAAAUCCCUUUGUGUGUUGAGCUUGUAGGGAGAGCACCUUCAGUCAUUCACAUGCACAAAGGAGGCAGUCAGCACUGAUGCUUAAGUGACUCACUAUAGCUGUAUUUUCAGGGAACAGAGAUUUCUAAAGCAUUAGUUUUGAUGCCUGUACAUCCAAUUACUUUUGUCCUCACUGUGGCCAAAGAUAAGCUUUACCUGAAUCUGACCAAACUGAGAUUUGUACUGCAAAUGGGCUCUUGAACCAAGUUGUCUUCUGUUUCGGAGUGCUGCUGAGUUAGACUGUGUGCUUUGGUUUUGGUUUUCUUGGGUCUUUUGUGUUGUACCUUUGCUCUCACAAUGCUCCUCACCAGAGUGGUAAAGGAGAUUUUGAGAGUGGCAAUUUCUGAGUAACACCUGCUUGUCAGAGUGUGUUGUUCCUCUGCUGCCAGCAGAUGGAUUCCAACCAUGGUUUCAUGCUCAGAUUGCAGAUCAAAGUAUUUUGCAUCACUUUUUCUAGGUUAUUUUAGUAAAACUGGCAAUUUCCUAGAUGCACAUAUGCUUAUAUUUUAUAUAUACACAUAAGGUAUUAUUCAAUAAAAGUAAAAAAUUGAGCCAGCAGGUGGUUGUAGCAUGAAGAGUGGUGUAUACAGUUCUCCAAAUCUUGAAAUGACUGUACAAAUAAGCUGCAAGGAGGAUAUCUGUAUUGAAAAUAAAGUUCCCUACGGUGCUUAUAAAUCCUUGCUUCAGUGUAAGUAGACACAUGCCAUUUCUGAGAGCUUUUCCAACAGGAUUGUCAACAUGCCUGGAUGUUGGUGAGGAAACAAACUUCUGCUUCUAAGCUGUUCAUACAUGUACAGCCCAAUUAAAUGAUCUUUCUCUGUUGAUUGGAUCAAAGCAUGGGUCCAGCAUCUGCUGAAGGACCAGCUGCUUCAAGAAUCCUUCCAACAGGCAGGUAGGGAAUAGAUAUAAAUAAAGCUUUGUCCUGUAUUAGCUGGAGAGAUGUUAAUUUCAUGGCCUGAACUGUGAAAGGUUUGGUUUCCUUUCAGGAUCCUACAUAAAUAUAAAUAUUUUUAAAGAGCCAAAGCAUUUGGCAAGUGGGGAAAUGUUUGUGGGUUUAACUUAUUUCUGAUGUCCAAGGAAGAGCUGCCACCACAGCAGAAUCUUCCUUGGCAGAAGCCAGUUUCUGUUGAUCAGAACAUGCCAUUUCAGCUGAGUUGUGCAGGCAGAGUGAUUCUGGUGCCCAAGUUCUCUCAGUGUCAUAGGAAGAACCAUAUCUGAGCAAAAUUAGUUCCUAAACUACCUCUGGUUCAAAUUUUUUAACAGUUCUUUAUAAAUAGGUUUUGCCCAAUGGUUGUUUGUGCUACUUAACACAUAGUCAAUCAUAUGGUACUGGACUUCUGAACUCUUUGGCCUUAGAAAGUUAUUCAAAUGCUCAAACUUCAAGGAUCACUUUACAUGCUGCUUUAAAUUCUGUCCCUAACUGGCCAGCACUGGGAGCUGAAGUGACAAACUGCAUCUCUUACAACACUGUUUUAAGAAUGGUACCAUAGAGUUAAUUUUACUGUGGUUGCCAUAAUACAAAAAAUUACUUCUUAGAGACUUACAUAGAUCAGGAAACAAUGGCAGAUUAAGCACCUGGAUUAGGAUGUAGGUCAAACCUACCAUAAUGCUCUUGUUCAGGCAGUAAUUUUAGUAAGUGUGCUUUCCAACUAGUACAUUAUCCUGAGGUGUCCUGUCCUGCCAUGUUCUCGCUGGCACCAGGCCUAGCCUGGUUCCUCUCUGUCAAGACACAAAGCCCAUGUGCUCCUGGGCAGGGGGGUUAGGCUGCAUUGCUCUGACAAGGGCAAGGGUGCCUGAGAGGUCUUUGGGGAUGAGAGAUCUGUGACUUCACAGAUACCAGCACUGAUGCCUUAACAAUAAAACCACUGAGCAUUUCCCUGUGGUUUGUGCAGCGUUAUGGCUGUGACCUCUCUGGAACUGGGAAGAGCAGGACUGAAAUGUUUGGGGGCAUCUCACACAUUUCACUGACACUUCUCUGCCUGAAGAUGGGACGGAGCUCUCAAUCUGCCUACCGUGAUGGGGAGAAGAGCUCCUUUCACACCUAAUAGACUUGAUGAACAGAGAGGACAGAACUACUGGAGUGAUAAGGAGGAGGGAGAAAUGCAUUUAUCUUCCCAUUUCAGAAAGGAACAGUUGGAAAUGUUUGAGGACAAGUGAUUUUCUACAUGGCCUUUGCUCCAUUUGCUCCAACACCUUGGGUGUGCUUAGCAAGCUGUGUAAAAUGCUGCAGUCAAGGUGCUCCAGGUGCUGAAGAACCUAGGAGGCAUUUAGAGAUCUGCCAUUUUCAUUUUUUGACUGUGUCAUCGCAGACAUAAUCCAGAAUUCUUGCUGUUUAUUAUUUUAUCAAGAACAGUGCUAAUAUACUGUCUUCUUGUUAGCUUUUGCCUGAGAAAUUCACACAAAACUAUGGUAAAGACUGACAUUUAAAGCUAGGAAAAAUGCCUUCCACAGGGGUCACUCAUAAAGGACCUUAUGAAAAUAGUGUUCAGAUGCCAGGGGUUUUUAAUCAAAACUGAAAUGCUUUUGCAAGGUCUCUGCCCAGGAGAUAACAUUUAAUUUUUUCUAAUAAUGAUUUACAUCAGAUUAUGAAAAAUGUGGUUCCACGCUCCAUUGAAUCUAAUUUGUUUCCUAACUAUGAACAAAAAUAAAUUAACAAAAAUCU